CUUCAGCAAACUGACCUCCUUACUCCCAGGAUCAGCAGAACCUCUGGACAUGACUCUCAUGGAAGACUCUGUGGGGGUGGGGGACCUUGUGCUCCUGGAACCCCUGGAGGAGGAGCCUCUGCUCAAGAACCUCCAGCUGCGCUAUGAAAACAAGGAGAUUUAUGUGAGUGCAUAUGCGUGCCCCCGGCUCUGGGUAUGUGGUCAGAGAGUUCAUAUGCUCCCACUCCCUUCUCCCCUCUCAGCCUCCCCUAACCCCACCGCUGCUCAUUCUCUUUACCUUUUUUGGCUCCAGACCUACAUUGGGAAUGUGUUGAUCUCUGUGAAUCCCUACCAGCAGCUGCCCAUCUAUGGUCCAGAGUUCAUUGCCAAAUACCGGGACUAUACCUUCUAUGAGCUGAAGCCCCAUAUCUAUGCUUUGGCAAAUGUGGCAUACCAGUCACUGAGGGACCGGGACCGAGACCAGUGUAUCCUCAUAACGGGCGAGAGCGGAGCCGGCAAGACUGGUGAGGUGCCUGGCUUGGGGAGGCUGUGCAGUCACUGCUGGAACCACCCCCUCAUCUCUUUCCGAGCCAGACCUGGUCUUGCCCCACCCCAGAAAUUCCUUCCCACUUUUUCUGAUUCUGAGGGGUAUGGUGCUGGAAUGACGGGAGUUAAGGAGAGUGGUGGGGAUCCAUGUGAAGGUUUCUCUUGCACAGAGGCCAGUAAGCUGGUGAUGUCUUAUGUGGCGGCUGUCUGUGGGAAAGGGGAGCAGGUGAACUCUGUGAAGGAGCAACUGCUUCAGUCAAACCCGGUGCUGGAGGCUUUUGGCAAUGCUAAGACCAUUCGCAACAACAACUCCUCUCGAUUUGGAAAAUACAUGGAUAUUGAGUUUGACUUCAAAGGAUCGCCCCUCGGUGGAGUCAUCACAAACUACCUGCUUGAGAAAUCCCGAGUGGUGAAGCAGCUCGAAGGAGAAAGGAACUUCCACAUCUUCUAUCAGCUACUGGCCGGAGCAGAUGCACACCUGCUGGAGGCCCUGAAGCUCGAGCGGGACACAAGUCAUUAUGCCUAUCUGAGCCAGAAAGUGUCUAGAGUUGAUGGCAUGGACGAUGCCUCCAACUUCAAGUCUGUACAGAACGCAAUGACUGUGAUUGGGUUCUCGGAGACAGAGAUUCAACAGGUGCUAGAGGUGACGGCCCUGGUGCUGAAGCUGGGGAACGUGGAGCUAGCAGAUGAGUCCCAGGCCAAUGGGAUAUCAGCAAGUGGCAUCCGUGAUGAGAGAGGAGUCCAGGAGAUUGGGGAAAUGAUAGGUUUGAAUUCAGAGGAACUAGAGAAAGCUUUGUGCUCAAGGACCAUGAAAACAGCCAAAGAGGAGGUGGUCACUACACUGAACUUCACCCAGGCUCAGUAUGCUCGGGAUGCUCUGGCUAAGAACAUCUACAGCCGCCUUUUCAACUGGAUAGUGAAUCGAAUCAAUGAGAGUAUCAAGGUGGGCAGCGGGGAGAAAAAGAAGGUAAUGGGGGUCCUGGAUAUCUACGGCUUUGAAAUUUUAGAGGACAAUAGCUUUGAGCAGUUUGUGAUCAACUACUGCAAUGAGAAGCUGCAGCAGGUGUUUAUCGAGAUGACGCUGAAAGAGGAGCAAGAGGAAUAUAAGAGAGAGGGCAUACCGUGGACAAAGGUGGACUACUUUGAUAAUGGCAUUAUCUGUAACCUCAUUGAGCACAAUCAGCAAGGCAUCCUGGCCAUGCUGGAUGAGGAGUGCCUACGGCCUGGGGUGGUCAGUGACUCUACCUUCCUAGUGAAGCUGAACCAGGUCUUCUCCAAGCAUGGUUACUAUGAGAGCAAAGUCACCCAGAAUGCCCAGCGCCAGUAUGACCACACCAUGGGCCUCAGCUGCUUUCGCAUCUGCCACUAUGCGGGCAAGGUGACUUACAACGUGAACAGCUUCAUUGAUAAGAACAAUGACCUACUCUUCCGGGACUUGUCCCAGGCCAUGUGGAAGGCCCAGCACCCCCUCCUUCAGUCCUUGUUCCCUGAAGGAGUUCCCACACAGACAUCUCUCAAGCGCCCCCCAACUGCUGGAGCCCAAUUCAAGAGUUCUGUGGCCAUACUCAUGAAGAACUUAUAUUCCAAAAACCCCAACUACAUCAGGUGUAUAAAGCCGAAUGAGCAUCAGCAGCGAGGUCAGUUCUCGUCAGAGCUGGUGGCUGUCCAGACUCAGUACCUGGGACUGCUAGAGAACGUGCGGGUGCGUCGGGCGGGCUAUGCCUACCGCCAGAGGUAUGGGCCCUUCCUGGAAAGGUACCGAUUGUUGGGGCGGAGCACGUGGCCUCGCUGGAAUGGGGGAGACAGGGAGGGAGUUGAGAAGGUCCUGGGGGAGCUGAGCUUGUCCUCAGAGGAGCUGGCCUUUGGGAAGACGAAGAUCUUCAUCAGAAGCCCUAAGACUCUGUUCUACCUGGAAGAGAAGCGGCGCCUGAGACUGCAGCAGCUGGCCACGCUCAUUCAGAAGAUCUACCGGGGCUGGCGCUGCCGCACCCACUACCAGCUGAUGCGCAAGAGUCAGAUCCUCAUUUCCUCCUGGUUUCGAGGCAACAUGCAAAGGAAGCGCUAUGCGAAGAUGAAGGCAUCAGUGGUGCUGAUCCAGGCUUUUGUGAGAGGGUGGAAGGCCCGCAAGGAUUAUCGAAAAUACUUCCGGUCGGGGGCUGCCCUCACCUUGGCAGAUUUCAUCUAUAAGAGCAUAACGCAGAAGUUCCUGCUGGGGCUGAGGAACAAUUUGCCGUCUACCAACAUCCUGGACAGAACGUGGCCAGCGGCCCCUUACAGAUGCUUCAACACAGCGAACCAGGAGCUACAGCAGCUCUUCUACCGCUGGAAGUGCAAGAGGUUCCGGGAUCGACUGUCCCCAAAGCAGGUAGAGAUCCUGAAGGAGAAGCUCUGUGCCAGCGAACUGUUCAAGGGCAAGAAGGCUUCCUACCCCCAGAGUGUCCCCAUUCCAUUCUGCGGUGACUACCUUGGGCUGCAAGGGAACCCUAAGCUGCAGAAGCUGAAGGGCGGGGAGGAAGGGCCUGUUCUGAUGGCAGACACUGUGAAGAAGGUCAAUCGUGGCAAUGGCAAGACUUCCUCUCGAAUUCUUCUCUUGACCAAGGGGCAUGUGAUUCUCAUAGACACCAAGAAGUCCCAGGCCAAAACCGUCAUUGGACUAGAUAGUGUGGCCGAGGUGUCAGUCACCAGCUUCAAGGAUGGGCUUUUCAGCUUGCAUCUGAAUGAGAUAUCAUCAGUGGGCUCCAGGGGGGACUUCUUGCUGGUCAGCGAACAUGUGAUUGAACUGCUAACCAAAAUGUACCAGGCUGUGCUGGAUGCCACACAGAGGCAGCUUCUAAUCUCCGUGACUGAGAAGUUCUCAGUGAGGUUCAAGGAGAGUAGUGUGGCUGUCAAGGUCAUCCAGGGCCCUGAGGGUGAUAGGAACGGCAAGCUAAAAUGCAAGAAGAAAGGGAGUCGUUGCCUGGAAGUGACUGUAUAGUGAAGAGGUGGGGGCCUGAUGCAGAGACAGCAGCUUCUCUGGACCCGCGCCAACCCCACCCACCCAUGUUUGCAGGAGGAUCUGAUCGUGGUGUGGGGCUCAGAGAUUGAGGAGCCCUUGAAGAGGACCUUUCUUCUCCCAAACUCUUCUAGGCCCCUCUCCCUUAGAACUUAUCCUCCCACCCUCAGCUGCUUUGCCCACUAAUAAAACAAGUGACUUCCCAAAUAUUUGCUCAGUGUGGGUGAGUCCCUGAUCACCCACCUUCACAGUGCUUGUACUUCGAC